UGCAAGUCCUGAGAUAGAGAGUGUUUCCACUAUCAGUCUCAGAAAUGUGCAGCCCCUCACCCACCACACAACAGGGAGGGCGGAGUCAGCUGGAUUCUUAGAACUAACGCAUGCUGACUGAAAGGCGUACGCAACUCUAUAUAUUGUGGGCGGUUUGCCAGCUAAGUCAAAUGAGAGUACGAUCUAAGGGAGCAUAUGGACAUAUAGGAUCAGUGUGUCCAGUGUACUGUCCAGUGUAGUUUCAGUGAGAACUGAGAAGAACUGGAAACGACACUAUUACACCAAAAUGGCCACACAGGAACCUGCAGACAAGUACAAUGCUGUGUGGCUGAUUUUCUUCAUGCUUGGAUUAGGAACUCUACUGCCAUGGAAUUUCUUCAUGACUGCCACAGCGUAUUUUACCAGCCGCCUGGCGGACAACUCAACCGUCGUGGGAGAGGCUGAGGGAGACAACCGGAGCGUCUUGCAAGCCAAGUUCAAUAAUGUGAUGACUCUGUGUGCCAUGAUCCCACUUUUAGCCUUCACCUGUCUCAACUCCUUUCUACACCAGAGAAUCCCUCAGAAGCUAAGGAUCAUGGGUAGUUUGUCUGCCAUCCUGUUGGUGUUUUUGGUCACUGCUAUCCUGGUUAAACUGUCAGUGGAGCCUUUGCCCUUUUUUGUGAUCACCAUGGCAAAAAUCGUCAUCAUUAAUGCAUUUGGAGCUGUUCUGCAGGGUAGUCUCUUCGGCAUGGCUGGGACACUGCCUGCCUCCUACACUACACCAAUCAUGAGUGGCCAGGGGCUGGCCGGCACCUUCGCUGCCUUCUCUAUGAUCUGUGCCAUCGCAAGUGGUUCUGCUAUAACGGACAGUGCUUUUGGCUACUUCAUCACAGCCUGUGCCGUGAUAGGCCUCGCCAUCCUGUCUUACAUUGCUCUCCCCAAACUGGAAUUUUUCCAGUACUACCAGGAAAAAAGCCAUAGCAGUCCUGAACAAGAUGAGAACAGAAUGGAUUUGUUGCGAAAAGGGGAGAACAAGCAAGGAGCAAGCACCAGUGAGGACGUUCAGAAGAGUCCUUCCAUUGUAGACAUCUUUAAGAAGAUCUGGGUGAUGGCCUUCUCUGUGUGCUUUUGCUUCACAGUAACCAUUGGCACUUUCCCUGCUGUCACUGCAGAUGCUAAAUCUAGCAUUGCUGAUGGAGGAGCUUGGGGGGAUUACUUCAUCCCCGUGUCCUGUUUCCUGCUCUUUAACGUGUGUGACUGGGCAGGCCGGAGCUUGACUGCUGUGUGUAUGUGGCCUGGGAAGGACAGUAAGCUCUUGCCGAUGCUGCUGCUGGCCCGUGUGGUCUUUGUGCCCCUCUUCAUGUUAUGUAAUGUCCAGCCACGCUACAGCAUUCCCAUAUUCUUUGAACAUGAUGCCUGGUACAUCGUCUUCAUGAUCUUCUUUGCCUUCUCCAACGGAUACUUGGCCAGCCUCUGCAUGUGCUUUGGUCCCAAAAAAGUGGCUGCGAACGAGGCAGAAACAGCCGGAGCAAUCAUGGCCUUCUUCCUGUCUCUCGGCCUCGCUUUGGGGGCUGCCCUCUCCUUCCUCUUCCGAGGGGUUAUUUGAGGAGGCCAAAGACCAACACAAAGACCAAUCAGUAAACAAACAUACAGAGCCUGCUUUUGCACAGUUUUACACGUCUGUCUGUUUUUUUUUUACAAAAGAAAACAGCAUCACUUUUCUACAGAUGAGGUCUUUGAUGGUGAACACUGCAAGGACAGCGUGAUCCACGAUAAGGCUAAAUAUUAAAGGCUGGUUUUGUGGACAUAAUUUAAGCCGAGUCUUGAGCUAAACUGCAAUGCUAAAGGUGUUUUAUCAUUAAAAAUCCUUUUUAGUCUAGGUUUAGGCUUAAUUUGGGUCUGGCCCUAAAAAGUUUGGCUGUCCACUCAAAGUUCAAAAGCAUGUGUGAUAGACAAAAAGAACAAGGCAAGAUUGCAGGAUGAUGACUUAACAUAUCUUUAGAAUGGAGAAAGAGCUAAACACUCUGUGAAGCUCAAUAAGGCUGCCUCACUCAGACCAUGAGCAACAGCGCAGGAUUUAACCAACAGUCAUUUGUAGAAAACCCAUUUUAUUUGUAGCCAUUUUUAUUGUUGAUAUUUCACUGCAACUGCCUUGAAUAUUUUAUUAUAUGAACAUUAUUGAAAACUGAGUUAUUCUCAAGAAGCACAAUAUUUUUAGUUAUUAGCAAGUAGUGUAACACGUGUUGGACAUUUCCAGUUAUGAAACCACACUUUCUAUGAAGGUGUGACAUUUAUAUUAAAUAAUAUUCUAGCAUAUAAUAAUCUUUAUAUUAACUGAUCAAAACGUUAAUUUUCAGAUCAUUUAAUAUUUUUGUAAUAACACUAGAAAUUAUUUAAUGCAAUUUUUUGAACAUGUUUUUCCACUAUAGCGUCGAAAUAUUUACAGUCAUGGCAUUUUUUGCUUCCUCAACCAUCAGUGAUUUUUGAGUAAAAUCAAAAUUUUAUUUUGUUUAUGUCCUGUUUUAUGCAUUUUAUGAACUUUGAGAAGUUUUACCGUUUCCGUAGAUGAUAAGGUCAGUUUUUUACAUCAAGAAAAAAAAAGACAUUUUUGUGGUAAAUCCCACCAAUUUUUCAAGAUUUCUGUAUAAAUAAAUUGUUGAGAUGUAAACAAAGUCAUUAAGAGUGCUUUGAUGUGAAAAGCUCCAUUCUAACUUGCCAAGACAGAUUUGUUUACAGGUGUUGUGAUAGGAACCAGACAUCUGAAGUGUUUAAUGCCUCACAGAAAUGUAUUACACACAUAGGUAACAAAUUCAUUGCCUGAUAGUAGACAUAAAGGGUUACAAUAGUUUUGAGAUAAGCUUUUUACCCAAAAUGCAUUUUUAACAUUGGAGAGGUACAAGCAUUAACUGUAGUGCAAAAUUCUAAAGAAAAAUAUAUAUAUUUUUUUCAAAUUAACCACUUUUUUACCAUCACCCACAUUACAUAUAAAAACUCAGAAGACAGAUAUGUUCCCUGGUCAUUUGGGAUAGUAAAUAAAAUGGUUAUAAAUGUGUUGUAGACAUUUCGACCCCUGGUUCCUAUCACUACCACUGUAAAGACAUUAAGUCAGUUUCUCUACAAUGAACCAUUUCACAACAAACCACUCUGAAUGACAUUGUUUACUUCUCAACCACUGAAUUAUGCAAAAAGAAAUAUACAUAUAAGUGGAAUUCCCCUUUAAAUAGAGACCAGUUGAACAUUUGCAUGUAAUUCUAUAAGCCCUGAGAGGCGUAAAUACUUUUCUUCAUGUCUUUGGCUGUUGCUUCUCAUGCAGAGCUUAGUUUAUGUUUUUCUAAUCAUUUCCCAACUACUUUUUUCAGUUAUAUGUAGCUGUCAGUGCUGUUAUUUUGUGCACAGGCUUAACAGUGAAACUGCAGGCCCAGUAAACAGCUGUUGUGAGGAUGCUGUGAAAACCCUUAAUAUAUGGAGAAGACCACAUGUACACUCUACCUCUCAUACUGAGUUAAAAGAUGAUUUUAUACUGCUUUACAUGUUCUGUGCACUUUUUACAAAUGAACCAAAACAUCACAAUGUAAGCCUUAUUAAUAAACACUGUGUAUUACUAUGUA